ACAAAUACUUACAAAACUAAAAAAAAAAUUGUUUAAUCUCUCCAGUCUUAAUUUUGUAGUAUUACGUCCAAAAUGGGUCACGGUUUUUCCCGUUGGAGACUGAAGCAUUAACUUCUUACUGAAAGGAAUGCAAAGCUUGGUGUGCUGGAGGUAAUCGAGAUCACUUCAGAUUUCUUUUUUUUUUUGUAUAAACCAGCAGGAAAAUGCACGCUCGAGACUUUAAUUAAAGGUCUGGUGUUCAGCGAUGGAAAGUCCGCAGACAAACUUCCCGCUAGGUCUGGUUUCAGACCAGAAGAGGACGGGGAUGCAGGAGGACGGGAGUCCCCCGUUCAAAAAAGUAAUGACGGAAAUGCACGUAAAUAGCCAAGUACGAGUCGUAAUAAAUAAAUUACCUACAAUAAAGAAGGAAAACCUGGAUGAAUAUGACGAAACUCCUAUGGAGGCUGAUGGGGAAAAUGCCAAGCCAAACAGUACUUCAAUCUCUGAGCCUUUGAAUUUAAAUCCAGGUCUGAAACACACGUUGGCACAGUUCCACUUGAGCAGCCAGAGCUCCCUGGGUGGACCGGCAGCUUUUUCAGCUCGCUAUUCCCAGGAAAAUAUGUCUCCCACUGUCUUCUUGCCUCUUCCGUCGCCACAAAUCCUGUCUGGUCCGCUGCUCAUUCCUCCAGACAGUUCCACCGAGCUCACUCAGACUGUGCUGGAGGGGGAAUCCAUCUCUUGCUUCAAAGUCGGAGGGGAAAAAAGACUGUGCCUGCCUCAAGUGUUGAAUUCGGUUCUCCGAGACUUUUCUUUGCAACAGAUUAAUACCGUGUGUGAUGAACUGUAUAUAUACUGCUCAAGGUGCACUUCUGACCAGCUUCAUAUUCUCAAGGUUUUGGGAAUUCUUCCGUUCAACGCUCCGUCCUGCGGGCUAAUUACACUGACUGAUGCUCAGAGACUAUGCAAUGCUUUACUACGCCCUCGCACUUUUCCCCAAAAUGGCAGUUUUCUCCCCGGUAAGAACACCUUGGCCCAACUGAAAGAGACUGGCAGUGCCUUUGAAGUAGAGCACGAAUGCCUGGGCAAGUGCCAGGGUUUGUUUGCACCUCAGUUCUACCUUGCGCCAGAUGACCCCUGUAUCCAGUGUCUGGAGUGCUACGGGAUGUUUUCACCCCAGACAUUCGUCAUGCAUUCACAUAGAUCCCCCGACAAGAGGACCUGCCACUGGGGGUUUGAGUCGGCCAAGUGGCACUGCUACCUUCACAUUAACCAAAAAUACUUAGGGACGUCAGAGGAGCGGGAGCUGAAGCAUCUCUUGGAGGAAAUGAAGGAGAAAUUUAGUGAGAAAAACCAGAAAAGAACUCGGUCCAAAGUGGAUUCACAGCAGAGCCUAGAGUUACCCCAGUGGUAUCCCGUUAUAAAGCAAGAAGAAGAAACUGAACCUCAGCCACCCUCCUUUUUCCAUCCCAGUUACUACCUUUAUAUGUGUGAUAAAGUGGUUGCCCCAAAUGUGUCCCUUGCAUCACAAUACAAGGACGUUGCAAAAACAGCAGUCAAAGCUUCAGAAGUAAUUAAAUCUUCACCUGGACAGCCAGAGAAAAAGCUCAGUAGCGGAAAGCACAAAAAAGUUGCCUCCUAUCCAGAGCUUUCUCUUGAAGAACAGGAAAAAAUUGACUUGAAAACUAGCAUGGAACAGCAUAAACGUUUAGAUCCACCUGUGUCAACUCAUUCUGCAAGAGGUGGAAAAUCCGAGCGCAUUUCUACCAAAAGCACUAGAGACUCUAGACGCAUUGAAAUAGGUAAUGUGAGAACCUUGUCCCCCACUCUCAUGAAAGACAUCAGCUGUGAAGACGACAAGGGAAGGAUCAUGGAAGAAGUAAUGAAAACCUACAUCAAACAGCAAGAAAAACUAAAUACUAUUUUGCGGAGGAAACAGCAGCUUCAAAUGGAAGUGGAAAUGUUAAGCAACUCUAAAGCUAUGAAGGAGCUAACUGAGGAACAGCAGAAUUUACAAAAAGAACUUGAAUCUUUGCAAACUGAGCAUGCUCAAAGAAUGGAAGAAUUUUAUUUUGAACAGAGGGACUUGGAGAAGAAACUGGACCAAGUGAUGAAGCAGAAGUGUACCUGUGACACCAAUUUAGAAAAAGACAAAGAAGCGGAAUAUGCGGCACAGCUAGCAGAACUGAGACAGAGAUUGGAUCAUGCAGAGGCAGAUAGACAAGAGCUUCAGGAUGAACUGAGGCAAGAACGAGAGGCAAGGGAAAAGUUAGAGAUGAUGAUAAAAGAAUUGAAGCUACAGAUCUUGAAAUCUUCAAAAAAUGGAAAAGGAAAAUAGAAAUUCAAAGAGGAAGCAUGACUGUGUCUUUCAAACAGGGUGUUUUGUUUUUUAACGAAUUGUCAGCUGUUUCUGUGUGAUAAGAGAAUGUAUUCUCUACAGGUUUCUAUUUGCCAGACAAGUCCAGAUGAAAAUAUACAUAUAUAUAAAUAGAUAGGUAUACAUUUUUAGAUUUUCCUAACUAAUGAAAAUCUGCAUUUAUUUGUACUGGUGUUUCUCAAACUACGAAAAAAAAAGAAACUUAUGAUUCAGAGUGACCAGUUUCUGUUUAUUUCUAAUGCAGUCUUGAGGACCCUAUACCUUUUAACAUUGUCUGUUAAAAUAUAUUUGGUGAUCUUUAUUUUAGUAUCAGUUGCGCAUCCAGUUAUAAAAAAAUAAAAAUUUAAAAAUCCUGAUUUCUUCAAGGCCAAGAAUAGUUUGGGUUUCAGUGAGAAUUUUGUGUUUUCUAGUUGGAGAAAGUAAAGGCAGCUUUUCAUCUGUAAGGUAAUACUCAAAAUCACCAUGACAAUAGAUGGAUGAUCAUCAGAAGUGAUUUGCCAGCAUGAGUUUUUCCCAUAAUUUUGUUACGUGAAAUCAAGCUGAUCUUUUCAGUAUGUUCUAUUUAACAAUUCAUUCACUCUAAAGCAUUUUACAGUCAUCAUUUGGUUACCAUGCUAGAAGAAGAAAACAUUAGGCUUUUUUUCAUAAAUUAAAAAAAAAACAGAAUCAGAAAUGAAAUCUUCUGAAAUGUAAAAAUCACAUUUUCUUUUAUUGUCUAUGAUACUGCAGGUAAAGCAGACUGUUUACGAGGGCUUGUAGUGACAGGAGAAAGGGCAAUGGUUUAAAAAUGAGAGAAAGUAGAUUUAGAUAGGAUAUAAGAAAGAUUUUUUUUUAAUGAGACACUGGAACACGUUGCCCAGGGAAGUUGUGGGUGCCCCAUCAUUAGAAGCAUUCAAAGUUAGGUUAAACAAAAAAAAUUUUAAAAUGAAAUAAAAAAAAAAAAAAGAAAAUAAAAAAG